AUGAAUUCAAAAAUUAAAGGAAUAACGGAUGAUAUAACAUCAAUUCCACCAGAAGAACAGAGAUAUUACGCAUUAAAUGCAUUUCCUAAAGUUUUGAAGAUUGGAAGAUUUAAUUUAAAUGAGGAAUUCAUAGAAGGUUUCCUAAAUGACAUAAUGAAGAAGGUGGAUAAAACAUAUGUGGAUAGUGAGUUAGAGAAGAAGGCAAAUUUGGUUUAUGUUGAUGAAAAAGAUAAUGAAAUUAAAGAAAAGGUUGAAUGGUAUCAUGAAUGGACAUUUGAGACUUUUAAAGUUAAAGCUGAUACAGAAUGGGUUUCAGGAUGUUUAGACCUUAAAGCAGAUAAAACAUAUGUUGAUGAAAAUUAUGCAAAGAAGUCGGAAGUAAAUGAUGUGAUUACAAGCAUGAAAAAUGAAAUACUUCAAACAUUAUAUCCUGUUGGUUCUAUUUAUACGUCAAUGAACUCAACAAAUCCAUCAGAAGUUUUAGGUUUUGGUACGUGGAAGCAGAUUGUAGAUAAAUUCUUAUACUGUGCUAGAUAUUCAAAGCAAACAGGAGGUUCGAAGAAAAUUAAAGAAGCAAACCUUCCACCGCACACUCAUACAGGAACUACAAACACAACAGGUAAUCAUUCACAUUCAAUAACAAAAAGAGGUUAUAUAAAUCUUGCAGCGGGUUCGGAUAGAUGGGGAAUGAAUAGAUAUGAUAUCACAACUGACCCAGUAGAUUCAAGCACAGGUAUUUUCUGUGGAACCGCAGGAAAUCAUUCACACACUUUCACAACAAAUCCAACAGGCUCGGGUAAAGAUUACAUGCCACCAUUUGUGACUGUAUUCGCAUGGUACCGCGUUCAUUGA